AUGGCGCCUGAGAUCCCAUCCAGCCCAGGGGGUCGUCCUCCCAUGAGCGUGGAAAUGAUCAGCAAGCGCGCCCAAGAUUACGAGUACAACGGGAAUAUUGCUCUGCGGUAUUGGCUUCGAACGGCCUCUACACUGAUCCGUGAAGCGCAAAUCUACGAACGCGAAGGAAACGAUGAACAAGCAUACCUCCUCCUCUUCCGACAUGCUCAGCUGGUUCUGGUACAUUUAUCUGUACAUCCCGACGCGCAGAAAGACGGCGAAGGGCGAGCUGGGUUGCUGGCCGCCGAGAAGCAAGUCAAGAAGAACCUGGUCAAGCUGGAGAGCCUCAAACCUCGGAUCAACAAACGAUACGAGAGAUACACUCAGCUCAUGCGUGAACGCCAAUCGCGCAAGCUAUCAUCGGAACCUGCGAUACCCGAAGCAGAACAGACUCCCGCGGAUCCUGCUCUAUCCGGCGUCGCGGAGCCGUUGGAGGCUGGGGAGAACCGAGACCUUGCGGUGAAAUUGGCGCAGUCCGAGUUGACCCGCAGAGCCACUCUGCGCAAGACUCAUGACGGCCGUCGCAUUGCGGGGGAAUGGAGCGACUGGGAGAGUGCCCUACAGGCUAACAGGAAGACGAACGAUACCGAUCUUAGCCAGCGCAUUCAAAGUAUAAGGUCAAAUAUCGACCACACCCAUUCGGUCAGCCAAGCAAAAGGCCCCCAGAAACCCGUUGUGCAUGAGGCCCCUCCAGUGUCUUCAGCAUAUAAGUAUCCAACCGUUCCUCUCCAGAAGCCUCUCGACCCUAUCUCAUCCGGUCAAAUCGCCAUUCACGACAAGAACGCCGAACGACAGCCUCCUCCAGUAUUACCGCCAAAGGAAACGGCUCAGCCUCGAAAAGCCGCCCCGCUUGUCCCUGAGAAGAAACUCUCGGCUAAUGCCAACCCCGAACUCAACCCAUCGAGCUACACGUUCAAGCCCUCUGCGUAUCUGGAGAAUGGGACGCCUCUACGUUCAGUCUUCCUCCCUGCCCACCUUCGAACGCGCUUUUUAUCUGUGGCGGCUGCCAACACGCACCGCAAUCUAGAAACAUGUGGAAUUCUAUGCGGGACACUUGUCUCCAAUGCGCUCUUCAUUUCGAGGCUGGUCAUACCCGAUCAAGUCUCGACCUCCGAUACCUGUGAAACCACAAACGAAUCGGCCCUCUUUGAUUACUGCGACACGGAAGAUCUGAUCAUGCUCGGCUGGAUUCAUACACAUCCCACCCAGACCUGCUUCAUGAGCUCACGGGACCUGCAUACGCAUUCCGGUUACCAGGUGAUGCUUCCUGAGAGUAUUGCUAUCGUCUGUGCUCCCAGCAAAGAUCCAGACUGGGGCGUCUUCCGUCUUACGGAUCCGCCUGGUUUGAAGACUGUGCUGAACUGCACGCAGGGCGGGCUCUUCCACCCUCAUGCUCAAGAAAACAUUUACACUGGUGCCUUGAGGCCGGGGCAUGUUGUUGAAGUUAAUGGAUUAGAAUUUGAGACGGUGGACCUUCGUGCCGCCGGAUCGCGAGUCUGA